AUGGAUUCAAGAUUCUGCACUCUAGGUGCGUAUAGUGAUCCAGUUUGUUCGAAAGCAGAUAUUGAUCAUGUGCUUCAACUUGUUGGUUAUAGUAUUUAUUCAGGUAAACCCAAUUUGUUAUGUAAAAAUACUUGGGGUGCAACUUGGGGUGAUCAAGGAUAUAUUCGUAUUGAACGCGGUACGAAUACAUUUGAUAUUGCUGAAUAUGUUGCAUAA